GACUCAUAACUACUACUACAACUACUCGUUCAAAAGGUGGAAGUGGUCCUUACUGUUAUUUUGGGCGUUUUCAUCCGAAGUUAAAAAGUGUACCAGCUGUCAAAGACUGUCAAACGCCUCUCUUGGUAACCCGUAUCAUGGCUAAUGUUACUGACGAUUCGCUCUUGUCGUUGAAGGAGUUAAAGAAAGCACUGAUUGAUGGUGUCCAAGGGCUGCAAGAAGAGGUUUCCAUGUCUGUGACUGUCGCUGAUGGGUACCAUGGCGGGACAGAUUCGAACUUGGAUACGUUGGACAAAACAAAAAUGCUCCUUGAGAGCGAAAUCGAAGCUUUGUUGCAGGAGGAGUUGUUGCAGUUACCAGAUGAUCAGAACACCCUGUUAGGACUCGCACAAGAAGAAACUUUGGGCAUGUCCUUAAACAACGAGAGAACGCUGAACUUUUAUGAACAAAAGGUUUUGAAUCUGGAAGAGGAAAAGAAGUUUUAUGAGUCUAUGAUAAAAAAAGCAACUGCUGUUGAUGAGGACCUGACCAAGUUGAUUGCCACUCAGACAAGGACCAGUGCUUUGUUGCAGUUGAGAAAAAAGUUAGAGGACUCUGCGGUAGCUUUCAAAACUUUACGAGGGGAGCUACAGUACAUUUUGAGUACUUUAUACCCUGAACCAGAUGAAGGACCAUCAUUAGAGAACCUUUUAGAGCCACUGGUGAGUAAAUUGUUGUCAGAUCCACAAGAUCCAUAUGUCACUGUCACACCAGAGACGCCUGCAACUCAUGUAGCAUUUCUUCUCCGUGCUAAUUUCAUAAGAAGGCACCCAAAGGAUGCCACAAAAUUUAGGUAUAUUGAUACAAGAUUUUAAGAUGCUUUUAUGUUCUUAAUAGUUUUAAAUUGAAUUUAUUAAAGUAUUCUGAUACUACUUUAUCA